AUGGAUCUUAACGAACAAUCCAAUGGUCAAACAGUCACCACUCUUCAGCCUCAUUCAAUUUUAUUGAAAGAUGGUGAGACUACCGCUACGAUGUACCCAAUUCCUGCCAAUCCACAACUGCUCCCAGCAGGAUUACUCGCGUUUUUAAUAGAUGAGUUCAAUAUGGAGAUCGAGAAGGGAGACAGUUUACCGUAUUAUGAAGCUCUGGGACUAGAGGAAUUCAAUAGAAUUUGGUUUCAUAAACAUGGUUUGGUUUGUAUUAUGGUUUUAGGUGAGAUUCCGGAGCUUGACUAUAGUAGUGAUGAAGCGAACGAUCACAGCAGGCCCUCAGAUGAUCCUCAAGCAGAGGUCACCAGAAAUACUCCACAAUAUGUACGACGUAAAGAGCGCAGGAAUUUGAAUCUGAAUAUUCAAUGGGAAAAGCAGUGUCUUGGAACUUUCAAUCUUCAACCGGCGUAUCCAGGUCGUUCUUCACACGUCGUCACGGGUACAUUUCUCGUCAAUGCUGGUAUUAGAGGUAAGGGCAUAGGGAGAACUUUAGUAGAGUGUUUCCUGGAUUGGGCUCCGCUUUUAGGCUUCACAUCCUCAUGUUUUCCUCUAGUAUAUGGUACCAACGUGGGAAUCAGACGUAUUUUGGAAACACUCAAUUUUAGAAGGGUAGGAAAGCUGCCUGAAUCUGCAAUUCUUAAGGGUUGUGAUGUACCUGUUGACUCGUUUAUUUAUGCUAAAGAAUUCACCCACGUUUCAAAAAGCAUCGACCUAUUAAAUGAACCCAACAAGUACUACGCAAAAUACGAGAGACUCCGAUAUUAUCUGGAAACGGGCAAAUAUCCUGAACAUUGUGAUAGAAAUGAAAAGGCUCGUCUGAGGGCAAGUGCAAAAUAUCAUACUGUACAGAAUGGCAAGCUCGUGAGACAAGGAAGGGAGGUCGUGUAUAAUCCAGACAAGCAAUCAGAAAUAGCAUUAGAAGUCCACCAAGUGGCUCAUCAGGGUAUUAACAAGGUGACAACAAGAAUUGCUGAGAGAUAUCACUGGAAAGGCAUUAAAAGUACAGUUGCCCGUAUCGUAUCUGCUUGUCCGCUAUGCAAAGAUCAGCAUCAAGAUGACCUAGGCAUUGUGGUUGAGGCAGGCUCUCCACAGCAACAAGCACAUAUGAUAAUAAGAAAUCCGCUUGAUGUCGAUCACUCGUCACAAUUGAGCCGCGUAGCCGCUGCUGUUGUUGGCUCCCUCAGAGACCAUGAUUCUGAGUCCGAGAAGACACCUGCAGAUGAAACGCCCAGGAAAAAAGCCAAAACAAGAACUGUCAAUAGACUUAAGUUUGAUACUUCUCACAGUUCAAGCCUGUCCAUGGAAAAUGCACUACAGGAUGAACAGCCAAUGAACAGCUUUAAUGAGUAUGCGCGCCAACAACAGAAAGCUAAACGCAGAUAUCUAGAUGUCGCAAUAGGCUCUACUAAUUCCGAAUCGAAGAGUCCAUCACUAACCGACGCAUCAAGUGUGCCAUCCACUGUACAGAUUGAUGAUCAAGACGACCCGCAAAUAGAUGAUGCGUUACUGAACCUUGAAGAUAACGUCAUGGCUGCGGUGGAGGCUGUACAAAAUGAACAGAAUCGUAAACAGAUUCACACUGAUGAAAAUCGAGCGGAUAAUAACUUUUACUAA